UCGUUUUCUCGCAUGUGCAUGACGUCCCCCUUCCGUGGACUCGAGUGUCCCUCGUAGCUUCCUUUUGCCUCGAAAGCACCGACAGCUUAGCAGCCAUGGUUUGGCUCUGGCGAAUUCCCGACCUACAGUGUCAUAGACGGCUCUGGACCCUUCCAGUAACUCAUGGCGAAUUCGUCCCACGCUGCUGCCGUGUCGCUGUAACCUGCGCAUACAUAAGCCGAGCAGGGGUUAGAAACAUUUGUCAUACGACAGAGGUCGUCCCGUUGCGAGGCUGCAGAAAGCCGUGUCGAGGUCGGUGGAGCUGUCCGUCGGUCAGACUCAAACUUGCGAUUAGUCCUGGCGACGCGACGCCUUACGAAUAAGGUUGAAAAGCUCUCUCACUAGACUGGAAUAGCGCAAUAGAGGGGUGAUAGGAGUCUAGUUUUGAGGCACCUCAAAACUAAUCGCGGCGACUAUGAAUUCGAGUGGAGCCGCAGUCGCAGCUACUAAAGUGGCGCCGCGAACGAUGCUGUCACCAUGUGCGGUGGUCUCGCCUAUCCCUGUGCGCGCCGUCCCUAGCAUCACAGCUUCCUUCAGGACCCUUCACGGAUGCAGGAAAGUUUUAGCGCCUAAAUCGUUGAGUCGGCGGACUUCCGGCGCUGGCGGCAGCUGCGCGCGGAGAUUCCGCCGACCCCCCGCCGUAUCUUGCGCCCUCGCAACUCCCCCCGAUCCCACGCCCUUGGAAGGAUCCGCCAAGGCACAGGGGGGAACUCCCGACACCCCCGCGAAAGUGCGGGUUUCGGCGGAACGGAGCAUGAAGGCUCUCGACGACUCGUUUCACUCGGAGCCGAAAUCGCGCCGCGAGUUCGUGUGGGAGAAGAAUUGGUACCCCGUGUCUUUAAUCGAAGACCUCGAUCCGAGCCGCCCGACGCCUUUCCAGCUCCUUGGUCGCGACAUGGUGAUCUGGCGCGACUCGCAGGGCAUUUGGCGGGCACACGCGGACCGCUGCCCGCACCGCCUCGCGCCGCUUUCCGAAGGGCGGUUGGACGAGAACGGAUUGCUACAGUGCCCGUACCACGGCUGGUCGUUUCGAGGCGACGGAAGGUGCGCGGUCAUCCCCCAAGCCUCGGACACAGGCCCGGAAUCCCGAGCCUGCUCGUCGUCCCGAGCCUGCGUAGCUUCGUACCCAGCCGUGGCUUCCCAGGGACUCUUAUUCGUGUGGCCGGAGGAAGGGCGGUGGACCGAAGCUCUAGCUGUCGAGCCGCCGCGAUUGCCGGACGUGUUUGAGGACGAGGGGUUUUCGAGUGUGACUAUACAGAGGGAUCUGUAUUAUGGAUUCGAUACGCUCAUGGAGAACGUGUCGGAUCCCUCCCACAUCGAAUUCGCCCACCACAGUGUCACAGGGCGCAGGGACCGAGCCAAGCCUCUGCCGUUCACUAUCACAUCCAGCGGGCCGUUUGGAUUCGAAGCCACCACCGAUACAAGCACGCCCGCCACAGUCACAUCCGCUAAAAGCACCGCCACUCAAAACCACCCCAAUUUCAGCACCAACACAGCAGACGAGUCAACCGUAGAGGAUAGUUCCAUUCCUCGGAUCUCCUCCUGGUUCAUGGCGCCCUGCUCCCUCUUCAGCCGAAUCGACCUCUCCCCCACCAUCCCCGUUAUAGGCAGGCAGCACUGGCAGCUCUGGAUCUGCUCCUUUAACGUCCCCAUGGGCCCGGGCAAGACGCGCUCUAUCGUGUGCAGCGCGAGAAAUUUCGCUCGGCUGACCGUGCCUGGGGGGAAGUGGUGGCAGCUGUACCCGCGGUGGCUGGAACACCUGACGUCAAAUCUUAUCUACGAUGGGGAUAUGAUUGUGUUACAGGGGCAGGAGAAGGUUCUGAAAAGGGGAGGAGGAGGAGGAGGAGGGGGAGGUGGAGGCGGAGGCGGUGGCGGAGGAGGGGGUGGAGUGCCGUAUAACAAGCUUACCUUCACUCCUGCAGCCGCCGAUAGAAUGGUCUUGGCUUUCCGAAACUGGCUUCGUAGGUACGGCGGUGACGAGCCAGCUUGGGACCCAAGCCUAACCGCAGGCUCGGCGAGGUUUGCACCUCUCCCAUCCACUGUUCUGUCCCGUGCAGAAAUGCUGGACCGGCUCGGACAGCACACGGAGAAAUGCUCGUCCUGUCGGGCAGCUUUGAAAAAUGUGAGAAGGCUGUCGGCUGUGUUGACGGGGGUGGCAGUGGUGCUGCUGGCAGCAGCACCAGUAGUGCCCGAGGAAAUGGGUCUUGGUGCUAAGGCGGGGCUUGCAGUGGGUGUGCUGGUGUCCUUGGCAGGUGCUGCUUGGCUGAAGUACAAGCUAGAGCCGCAAUUUGUGCAUCUUGACUAUGUGCAUGCUGAUGUGGAGUGAGUGAGGGAUGUGCGUGGUUUCAAGUGGGAUUGGGUGCCAGAGCAGGGUUAGCAGUGGUUGACCUGGGUUUGAUAGAAUGAGCUAGCUGUUGCUGCUGCUUGGCAUGCCUGGAGCUGAGUUUGUGCGACUAGGCUAUGUGCAUGCUGUUGUGAAGGUGUCAGAAAUAUGGUGUUGGCAGGGGUGGAAGUAGUGUGGCUGGGAGCAGCAGAGGUGAUGGGUGUUGCUGCUAUGGCAGGGGUGGUGUUAGCUGGAGUGACAGUUUGUGCAUAUACGGUAGAUAACGCUUUUUAGUCGACUCCAAUACAUAUGGAUUAUGUACAGGUUAGGGCUGGAGGGGCUUCUACCUCACAUCGCGCAGUAGAGAUUUCAUGUGCACAAUUGGUGGUGUAGUGUGCUCUGUUCCCCUGUUUGGUUGACGAUAA